CAAAUUUCACAAAAAGGAGCAAAUUAAAACUCAAUAAUCUCCGUCCAAACGACGCCGUAAAACCCUCAAAAUGGCGUCGACGUCCGGCGCCGGCAGCGGCGGAGUGGCUACCGGAAGAAUCAGAUCUACGACAUCAGCGCUUUACUCCGACAGUCAAUCGUUAUUGCGUGAAAUUAGGAAGUCUAUUGCUAUGAUGAAAGAUAUCGCGGUUGAAUUGGAGAGAGAUGAGAGAAAAGAGAUGGUAAAAGAGCUUGAAGAUGGCGUUGUUCAGUUGUUGGCAGCAUCUGAUGACUGCAUGCAUCUCUCCGAGGCAAUUCAGUCUAUAGGUGAUGAAAUAGAGCCUGGGCCAGAGCCAACGAAUUUUAAGAAGAAGUUUGAUGAAGAAAUUGCAAAAUCAAAGGCUAGAUCAUCAUCUCAUGCUCAGAACCAGUCUUUAUUGAGACAAUUCCGGGAAGCCAUCUGGCAUGUUCAUCAUGCUGGACAGCCAUUGCCAGGUGAUGAGCAGGAGGACAUUGUAAUGACCAGUACACAAUGCAACCUUCUGAAUGUGACUUGCCCGUUAAGUGGAAAGCCCGUUACUGAACUUGCUGAACCAGUUCGUAGCAUGGACUGCAAGCAUAUAUACGAAAAGAAGACUAUUAUGCAGUACCUCAAGUCCAAAACCUCACGUGGCCAAUGUCCCGUUGCAGGUUGUCCGAAAAUUCUGAAGGCACAAAGGGUGUUAUGUGACCCUUUCUUACUUAUAGAAAUUGAUGAACUCAUGUCCACGAGUAAGCAAAAUAGACCUGAUGCGAUAGAGGAUUUCACUGUGCUUGAUGACGAGGAUUGAGGAUUUUGAGAAUCUGAUGGACUGCUGACCCUCUUAGAUAUUCAGGGUUGUACUCAUGAACGACAAAUGUUUUCCGUGAAACAAGAAACCAAUGGGAUAGCCUUUUUUUUUAGUCUUUAGGAAGUUUUGGGAUGGA